AUGUCAAACCGAAACGCACGUGGAGUUCCACUACCGCCUGAUACGGAUGUCGCUGACAUAGAGGCGGAUGGGAACUGCCAAUUCCGCGCGGUUGCCCACUGCAUGCACGGUGAUCAGAACCAACACGGCGAAGUUAGAUGGGCACUCAUUACACACAUGCGCAUUGACAUGGAGAAGUUAGGAUACGACACCCUCUAUCUGGAGUCCUACCUUGAGCAGCGCAACAACGACGACGAUCACACCGCAUUCAGUGCGGUGGAUGCACCUAUCGACUUUGUAACCUUUCUCUCCACCAUGAGUGAGGAUCGCCAGUGGGGGGAUGGGUUCACUCUAGCCGCUCUCGCCAACCUUUACCAUGUGCAAUUUGGAGUGUUCACCCUCAACUCAGUGGGGGGCAGGUAUUGUCUGACGCACUACGAGCCAAAUCCCAUGUACCCUACACCCGCCACGGGUUGGCCUACGUACUACCUUGUGCUCAGUGGUAAACACUAUGAAGUACUCAUCAAUGACCAUACCAGAGAACCCAUCAGAUCCCUGGACAGCAUCGAUGAUGGGUUCCGACCAGUUCUACCUCAAUGCCGAUCCGCGCGUCUGGCAAAGAAGCCUGCCAAAACGCCCCCAAAGCGUCCACUCCAAAUCAGCUCGGACGAGGAUAUCGCUCCAAAGAGAGGCAAACGACGCACGGAGGAGAGUAGCGGAGGGGUCAAGGGACGGAAGCGCAGAAUGGAUGAGAGUAGCGGAGGGGGAAAGGGACGGAAGCGCAGAAUGGAUGAUAGUCCGUCUGUGCCACACACUACAGCGCAUCCAUCCAAACUUAUUCGACGUGCCAAAUCCAAAGGACGUCAAGCGGUUAAGCUCUUGACCAUGUCUGAAUCCAAGUCAGAGUCGGAGUCGGAAUCCAGCACGUACACCGAAUCUGAUUCAACGCAGUCCCCGGAUGGGAAUGCCUCCAGUAUAUCCGACGACCGGGCCGAUUCUAACUCGUCUGUCAGAGCAUCGUCCAAUGCGCUUGGCAUUGAAUCACCGGAGGCGCUGAUGAAGCGGAUUAGGCGUGAGAGAAAGAACAAGCUCAACCGCGAGCGUGGUGCCAAGAAGAGGGAAACCUUGGCACAGGCCAGAGCUUUUAGCGUACCCGUACUUGCUGAGCCUGAGGUUUCCAGGAUCUAUGACAUCAAUUCGUCAAACCUUGAUAUGUUUGUAGCGGACGGCGGGCUUCUCCAAUGCUUGGAUGGGGAAGGCCUGGUCCCUUCGGCACCCGAUUGCCAGAAACACGCCGAGCUUUUCUGGAAAUUCAUCAAAGACCGCGGCUCGAUGGGACCGCUUCAAACACUGCAGGAGCGGCUGCUUAGCGCAGAGUCCAUCGAGGACGCCUGUGAUCUCAUUGAAUCAUACCUUGGUUUCCCAUUCCCGUUUGCAGUGACAUUGUUUUAUGGGUUCAAUGGACAGUCGUUCACUGGACGGUUCAUGGGGAACUUCAUCAAUGCAGUGAAAUACGCGGAUCUGCCGGAACCUGCUGGAGAUCACGCGGUGCACUUGGUACUGGAGCAGGCUUGGUACUGCAGUGCGCUUCAGCGGGUACCCCCUGAAUCAAUUACAGGGAAGGCUAAGGGAAAGGCUAAAGAGAAGGCCAAAAAUGGAAAAACCACUGCGACCGUCGAUGACGAAGUGCUGGAACGACAGUGUGAUAUGGAAAUGGGAGAACUUCCUAUCCCGUUUUCCGCCAGUGUUAGGAAAUCUCAACGAAUGGCAGUGGCAAAUGGCCCAUCCUCCGGUUCCAGCACAUCGACAAGCACCUCGACUAGCACAUCAACUAGCACAUCGACAAGCACGUCGACAAGCACAUCGACAUCCACAUCUACCUCAACUAGCACCUCCUCAAAUGGCACGACAAGCACCUGUGAUUCAACAAUUCCGUCAUCUUCAAGCGCAUCUACCUCGACAUCUACCUCGACAUCUACAUCCACAUCUACCUCCACAUCAACAUCUACCUCGACAUCUACAUCCACAUCAACAUCUACGUCCACAUCCACAUCCACAUCCACAUCCACAUCCACAUCCACAUCCACAUCCACAUCCACAUCCACAUCACCAAGUGGCAACAGCUUCGCCGCUCUUGGAAAUGGCCCCGCUCCUCAUAAGACUAUAACCCAUCCCAACCGCGUCACGUUUGCUCAGGAAAACUCGGUACACUAUUUUUCCAAGUACGCGGGCUACGUAUACACUCCCAGCAAUGGGGAUGGCGCUGGACAGGAUGCACCGGCCCUAAGCUUCCAUCGCUCACGUGGGAGCGGCAGAAAACGCGGCAGUGGCAAAGGAAUAGCCUCACAGCAUGAGGACACGUCUCCAACGACCGCGGGCAACAAUGACCCAAUCCCAUCCGUCAUACCAGAGGUCAUAAUGGCACUCAAUGACGUGUCACUGCAACUAUGCAAAAUAGCAGGGCUGGACGUCAAAAUGAUCGUGACCUAUGGAAAGUCCGUUGCGUACUACUUUGGUCAAAACUACUAUUUUGAUGGCCAAACCGCACUACCAGAGCACUCAGUGGAUACGGCAUCAUUUGGGGCUAUUCAAGUGAUCUCCCUCUUCCACCCAGCCCUCCUCGGACGACAGAUGCCCGAUGUUAUGCACAUUGAUGGUAUUCUGAAAAACUUCAAACCUAAUAGCAUCAAGGGGAAAGGGUCAGAGUUUGCGGAUGAGACUACACAACGGCGGUACAUGGCAUUGAUUGUACGGACAUUCACGGAGCUGCAAGCGAGGAUUCUUGGACUGAUCCCAAGCUGGACUGCCAAUGGGCUUGAUCUUGAGAUCUACGACCGCUUGUACGAACACAUCAAGUGGCACUUUAGAGUUGGACGCGUGUGGGGAACCUGGCAGGAGCUUGUGCUUGAUUCUCUCAUACCACUUGAGAUAGCCCCUUACUUUCCCGGACCCCGAAAAUACUGGAAAUCACAACUCGUCUCGGGAAGAAGGAUCCCAAAAAGACAAGAGAUUGUGGAGUUGAUGAAGUCGUCGGAUGUGACGUUAUGCCGCAAGGCUUUUCGAAAUCGAUCAAACCACGAAGCCACAGAGAGUGCUGAGCUCACAACGGAAGAAGUCCUUCACUUGAAGCGCGGACAGGCACGUCUACGUGCUGUUGGGGAGAUUGGCAGUCGGUUUGCGGAUGAAGGAUUCUACUGCCGGUCAAUCUCCGCUCCCGUGGAUGUCAAGGCAUUGCCAAUUGUACCAGGACAGGAACCACGGAGCAAGGCCGCCAUUGGCAUGCGCAAGGACGACACCGCUUACACCAGCGAGGUGGCAUGCGCGCGGUUGAAGGAGGUGGAGUCAUUUAACAGAUUGGCUGCAUUCCUACAUGCAGCCACAAUUCGUCUCUUCAAUGGACUCACAAACGUCAUGGCGUUUCUGGACACUCACCAAAAUUUCAGCGAGGUCGUACAUGUAUCGAAAGAGGGCGUUGUUCGGCCAUCUACCACGGGCUCGCAGCUAUUGGUGGGAGGACGGACAAUGAUCUUGCAGGCGGCACUGAACGCGCUUCACGCAAACCAUGCCAUCUACGUGAUGUCAACGGAGACCACCAUAGAGGAUAUAGUGCGGGCAUUUGGACGACCGGAAGCGAACCAACGAAUGGUUCUUGAUGCACUACUGCGAUGGGAUCAAGAAGAUGGGGUAGACGAUGCCGAUCGGCUCAUGUUUCUUGGGGAGCGGAUGCGUACACUGACAAAGAAAUGCAGUGGGGGAAAUCAGGGGGGGUUCAACACCGUACUUCACAUGUCGCUGUUGGUCGCACACCGUGAUCCACAGUGUCAAACCAUGUUGGAGCAGCACGGAUGGCUGCAGGUACGAUCCUUCAGCGAGAUGGACAUUGAAGAUCUGACAAAUUGCCCGGCCUACCUCAUUAUUACGGAGGCGGACGCUGACAUUGAACGCAUGGAGUUCUGGACAAUUACUCGCCCACCAAGUAAGGUCAUGGAAAAAACAUUCAUAUGUGAAAUGUUGCUCGCGUGGUUGGUUGAUGUACUACACUGGACGGACGAAACGGUGAAACACGACGCAAAGAAGAUAUCAAACGCAAAAACCAUCAGUGAACUCGAGAAAGCAAAGAAUGUAACCCGCGAGACUGACAAAGGGCGUCUGGAGCGAAAGGGCGAGCGUUUCAGAACUCUGGCAUCCCAAAGAAAGGCAAUCAUCGCCGUCGAACCUACAUCGAAGAAUCAUCCACGUGUCGAAGUCUCGCUAGCGGAUGAGGAUGUUGUUCUUCACGACGUAGAUGAGAAGAGAGCCGCAGACGGGUUACUCGAGUUAGCCACCAAGCCUUCUUCUGACGCAGACCCUGACCCGAGCUCCCCAACCUGUAGACUCUCAUUAUCUUUGAGGAUACUUCAGAACAACACCGCACUACGAUCACACCGCAUUUCAUUCCAGAUGACACACGAACAAAAGAUAGCAACGAGGUUUAUUCUGUCCCGACCAAGCCCAACUCACAGGACGAUAACUGAAGGGACAUGCCACGGCCCGACCAAUGCGGGAGCGAUUGCGGCUGAACUUUUUGAGCGUGUUCUAGAAGCAUCUACGCAUGGAUCCCGACCGCAUAAGGAGGGCCUAGCGGAUGAAGCGGAUCCACAGAAGGAAUACUUUGAAAUGUGCAAUGCCAUUGCUUUUCUGCUACAGUCCGUUGUCUGGGCUUUACAUCCCAGCCGAGCUUUGGCAAAGGAUCAGAGGAUUGCCGACGCAAAGGCAAAAUGCGCUGCGGAGCGGGUCUCUGUCAGCUUGCUUGACAAAUUAAAGACGGAAUGUGUUUUGAGUGUGGAUGAGCUCAAGGUCAUGACCACACAGCGGAGUGGACUAGAUUUCAUCGGUACGAGGAUUCGUUCAAAUGAUGCCACACGCACAUGGGCCACCCUCCGUGGACACGUCAGUGGGUUCAUUACGACGACCAAAAAGCUUGCCGAUCCGGAACAUGUCAUUGGUCGAUUAUACGGCAAGCACUUUUUUACUGGGACAUCCACAGCUCUUUAUUAUCCUUUCCGUGACUGGAAGUUCACAAAGAUGGUAGUCAAGGGUCGAGAUAUUGAUCUCAUCAUCAAGAAAAGGAAGGAUGAGGACGAUGAACUGGAGGACGGCCGGGCAACUCUGAAGCACAAGGAAAGCUUGCGUGACAAUGCCAUCAAGCGCAAGUUAACGAUUUACGAAAUCCGGUCACCUGAGUAUAUGAUCACCUUCAAGCGAUGCGGAUAUGUGCUACCCUUCCCGCAUGCAAGUGCGCUGAGUGGUGCUUUCCGAGGAGCAGACAUCGACUGCGAGUGGGGUGAACUGAGUCUGUUUCUCAAUAAGCAAGGAUGCUGGAGAGCCACCCUUCCGAUGCAUCGAAUCAUCACCCCGGCUCGAAUCAUCACCCCGGCAACACCUGCGAAACCUACCGUUCCAUCGCAAUACCAAUCACAUCCUCAAAGAACAAUGCCAAAGCCAUCCUCGAAAAAACGCGUGCAAUACAAGGAAGUCUAUCGACGGGCACAUGCGGCCAUGGAACAAAAAAGAAACUUUGUCCGCUGGAAAUAUGACCCAAGUUUUGACCCACCCGAGCUUAACGACGUACAACCGACGUGGAGCAUCUUUGUAAAGCGGGCUGAGCAACGGACAGUGUGGGGCUCGAUCCCGGGGCUCAGUACCAUGAUCUCCAUCGACCCAGGCAUCAAGAAGUUCAUGGUUGGGUACGCAUCCAACGGCGAUAUAUUUCAAUUCGGUCAUCCAUCUGCCACAUACAUCACACCCAAGCUCCGGAAGAUAAUGAAAAUGGAGGCGGCUAUUGGGAAGAAAUUGGAGAAUCUGGACGAGAUCAAGUGCGCACGGGCUGAAGUGGCUCUUGUUGCAAAAAAACAGUGGAUCAUGCAUGCUCAAGAAUGCAUCGCUUGGGGGAAUCCACCACCGCCUUCCCAGGAUGAUGACAUUGGUGAAGACCUCAAAUGUCGCAUCCACCAACUCGAAUGGGCGAUCCCAGUCAGAAAGCAGGAGCUCCGGGCUACUACGUGCACAUCUGAGGACAAGGCAAUUCAGGAUAUUCGUGAUCGUCUUCGGCGCAAGAUCGACCGCCUACAUCUACAUACGGUCAAUUUUUUAGAGAGGUUUGACAUUGUCAUCCUCCCGGCAUUUGAUGUACCGAACCUACUCAAGCGAAAGGGCAGGAAGGAAGCGGACCGAGAUGAGAAUGCCCCCCAUAGUAAUCUGAAUUUCACAAUGGGGAGAGCGAUUGCGGAAACAAAGCGGGAUGCGGCAAAGGCCCUUGGCAUCACACCAGAGAAUGUCGAGUCGCCGGCGGCCAUCUUCGAUAGACCGUAG